ACUAGCUGAUACACAUACGUGUAUAUACUGAAUCGUUUUGUGCGCUCCUGCGCGCGUCGCUGCUGAAGUUUGGAGGAAGUGACGCCAUAGAGAAAAGUGUGAGAACUGAACCGGGGGCGGGGCUUAAGGGGGGGAAAGUUACUACUCUAAGACCAACAGAGAGUGGGGGGAGAAACCUACUCAGCAAUUUAGUUGGGGAUAAAAAUAAAUAAAAUAAAAAAUAAAAAUCAGUGUCGGACGCAGGAGAGAUAAUUAAAGAUAAGAAGUUUGGAAAAGACGGAACUUUUUUUUUUUUUUUAGAAGAUGCGUGAUUUUGUGCGCGCGCGUGUAAAUGACUUUUUGCGUUGUCCUGAGAUUGUUGCAGUUACUCCGGCGACAUGAUGCACUAUUGUUGUGUUAAACCACUCCGCAGCGACUUCCCCCAGUGUCCCCGUGUGUACUAAUGUCCCCGAGCCGUGUUUCAGCCUCCUCCUCCUCCUCCUCACUCCGGGUCUCUCUGCUGGUUCUGGCUCCGCUGCUCCUGUUGUUGCGGGUGUGUGUGUGUUCAGAGCUGAAGGUGCUGGUGCGGUUAAGCGACGGUCUGAUCACUGCGGAGACUUUAGAGUCGGACAGCGAGAGGGACAUCAUCAGUGUAGAGUUCAGGCACACGGACGGCGCUCUCAUCACCCUCCUGGCAGAUUUCAAACGGCAUGUGAAGAUUGUGCGGGCGCUGGUGCUGGGGGAACCAGAGCGGGGCCAGACGCACUACCAGGGCCUGUGUUUCAUCACCAGGCUAGAACAUGGGGAGAUUAUCCCGAGUGAGGCCAUGGUCCGAUUGAGACAGAAAAACCCUCACUUGGUGCGGACCGCCGAGGAGAAGCGUGGCCUGGAGCGCAUGAGCAUGAACAUGGUGGUGAAUCUGACCCUAUCCUGGCACCUCAGCUCCCACAUCCGCAGCAUGUGCCGCGACGCCCAUGAUUUCAUCUACACACGAGAACAGGACGUCAAAUACUGGCGAGAAAAAGGUGUGGAAGGCUCUGUGUUCAAGGCGUUCCCCGUGAACGCAGAGAGCGCAGACAUGGCAAAUUGCAGCGCUACUACCGAUCCGUGGCAGCCGUGCUUGUGCAGCUACACAAUGAGGCUGGAGUGGUACCCGUGCAUGCUGAAGUACUGCCGCGGGCACGGGCCGAGCCCGUACAAGUGCGGGAUCAGGAGCUGCAGCAAGGCUUACCGCUUCGACUUCUACACGUCACGCAAGCAGCUGUGCAUGUGGGACGAGGAGAACGUAUAACGAAUACUAGCGUUACACUAAAGGUUCAGCCUCUGUGUGAAAAAGUUAAGUGAUGAGGUGCCUUCGAAUAGGUCCUAAGAGUUCUGAAGUGUUACUUUAACGUUGUUGCUCUAUAUUUUCGUUGUGAUAUAUUUUUAGAUUCCAGGAUCGUCAGGUUUGCCUUAAGGGACAAGUCACUGUGUUUUUAUUUCUGCUGUCACUACAGUGUAGACUCAGGGCAGAAAGUCACCUCAAAGGUUCAGUUUUUCCCCUGGGAAAAAGGUGUUUGAUUGGAUUCUACAUGAAUUCAUUGCUGGAACUGUAAAUGUCACAUAAUAUGUGUUAACAUUAGUCACUUUCUGUGUCUGUAAUGUAAUGGGAAGAAGCUGUGUAGUAGACUUUAUCGUCGGUUCAUGGUAGUUAUUUUUAUUUUGUUGUUACUUAUGGUAUUAGUGUUAAACACUCAUUGGCCACUGGAUAACAUGGACACCUGCAAAUUUAUGCAGGUAUCCAGUCAGAUGCAUGGUGCAUAAAAUCUAGUCAUAGUGCUGAUACAGGUCAAGAGCUUCAUGUUAAACAUUAUUAUAAGCAGUGGAAAUGAGAUCUCCACUACAGUGACCAUGACAUGGUUGCUGCUGGUUUGGGAAAUUACAGGAACUGUUGAUUAAUAAUUUAAAAAAGCAUUCUUUACAACCAUGGUGAGGAGUAAAACAUCUCCAAACACAAACAAUAUUAACAGCAGAAGACCACAUCAGUGUCUCAGUCUUGUUAGCUUAUUGACCCAACUGGACUCUCUUUUUGUUGUUGUUUUUUAACCGACCACAUGGUAAAGCUCUUGCCUUGUUUCUGCAUUAGGAUAUCUGUUGUAGUCUCCCACAUGAUGGGCCGAUCAGAUGUUCCUAUUAAAGUGGUCAGUGAAUGUAAUGUAUAUUAUAUGAUUAUCUGAAAGUGUCUUAAAUAUUCAACUGUAGUAAAUAUCAGGUGAUGAUAUAUAUAAUUUUUUUUUUUUGUAGACCAGAAGUGUUGCUACAUUUUAAAGUUUCUUACACAUAAGCUCUACACUAAACUGCGAGUGUUAGAAACUCGCAACUCUGUUUUAACGAACGGUACUUUUUUUUAAUCUCGAGGUUUAGCCAUGAGAUGUGUUCAGUCUUACGAACCAGACACAAGCUAUGCUGGCAGCUAAGGCGCGAUUCUGUGUUGUCUAUUUAUUGCUAAUAUAUUCAAGUGAUGCCAAAUGUGCUGCUCACACUCACCAUAACCCUGACUAAUUAUCUCAUUUCCAUUUCAAUAACCUCAUUACUAUGAACGCGUACACUACGGCGGACAGACGAACCUUUCACACAAUGCAAUAUUGUUAUCGUGUUUGGGACUUUUUAGGAAUUUAUUUUCCUAGUGGAUUGCACCCUCAUAUGGCACUCUUUCAUGAUUUUGAACUGUGUUAAAUAUUUUCAUAUAUAUUAAAAGGUUGUGUUUACAUGUUUUAUGCACACUUUAGUCUAAAGUUGGUGGCUUGUGAUCUGCAAAUGUAUAUGCUCAGGUUUCUCUUCCUUGCUGGAUAUAAUGACUUAUACUGACACUUACAGUCUUACAGUGUUGUGGAUUUGAUAUUUAAAGCGUGUUCCAGGUUUUGGCUUUUCUUUUGACAUGAGCCAAAUCUGAAGAUGAUUAAACAGCAUGAAUAACUAUUUGCAUAUGCUAGUUUAAAUAAAGAUUGAAGUAUUUCUGAA